AUGAAUGAAUUAUAUUCGUUGUGCGAAGAUAUAGGAGAAAAGGACAAAAUUUUUAUUUCGGAAAAAUUAAGGAGUAUCCUUGACCAAUUUCAGAACAGAAAUAAAUGUUACGUUUCUGAGUUCGUCGUCCUAAGCAGAACCAGAUUUUUUAAAUCCAUUAGCAACUAUGGGGAAUUCCUUCUGCUGCAGUCAUCAUCCCGGGUGAUAGGUAAUUACGAAAAUAUUCUGCGUUUGUUACAUAAAGCAAAGGUCUACUUAGAAUUCGUCAGAUGUCUAAAAUUUAGUGAUUAUAACCACAGUAAGAACAAGAAGUGCGAAGAGGAUAUUUUAAAGUUCAUUAAUUAUUUAGAGUCAAAGAAGAGGAAAUAUUACCAUCACAUAUGUGGAACACUGAUCAAAUUCAUCAUUACGUCUCUCAAAAAAAGUGACACUCCUGCAGAUAACAAAGCGGACAUUGUCAAAGUGGAGAAGCAAUCCAAUUUGGACAAUUGCGAAAAAAGCAGCAUUCAAAAUGACGAAAAGGUUCAUGAUGCUACAAUAAGUGAAACGCUCAAAUUGAAGGAUAACGCAGAUGCGUGGGACAAAGAAUGUAUUGACGAAAAAUGUGUGAUCGAGCCUUUUGACGAAUUGGAGGAAUAUGGAGAUUACCUUUACAACGUUCUGAAUCAGAUGGAUAGUACAUCAUGGAAGGAUAAAAAAUAUGAGGAGUUUUUAAAAAUGAUUAGUCUGAAUGAUGCCAUCAUAAAUGAUGAAAAUGAGAAGGCAAAGAAUUCAGAAAGUAGAAGCUUCACAAACAUUUCAAAGGUGACAAACAACAUUAUUUUGUUGCCGAAGUAUUUGGAAAACGUAAGAAAUUCUAUAUAUAAUCAUCAGAAUAAAUCAAUCUCGGAGGUGAAGUCCAUGAUUGAGCAUGCCAUGAGUGAUAACAUAAAGGCUCCUUUGUUUAAAACGGGGAAAAUAAUAAGUGAAAUGCUUCCCUCUCCGGAUUAUGAAAAGUAUUGCUCUAACACAAAAUCGGAUUUUCUAAACAAACUGGAUGAUACAUCCAUAGUGCAGGACAUGGUGUUCAAAAUUUUCAACCUAAAUAAGAAUCAGUCAAGUAGUAGCGCAGCGGUUGUCUCAUCAAAUGUUUACAGCGUGAACAAUUACGACAUUUUUAAAAUUAUAUUAAAAGGGAUAAACUCUCUUAAAAAUGAAAACGAAGAGAUAUACCUGUUUCUUAGACAACUGCUUAACAAAAGUAAGAAGAACUACUCCCACAUGUGCAGCAAAGAAGCACCAUAUAACCAUUUCAACCCAGGUGAUAAAUUGAAUUACUCCUUCCUGCCAUUGCACUUGUACAAUAAUACUAGUGACAUUUGCACGGAGAUAUUAAAAUAUGCCAUUUGUAAUAAAGACUUGGUGUUCACGCUGAAGAUAGUGGACACCUUUUUAACCAUAGCGGUGUAUGAGAACUCGCUAAAAUAUUUGGUGCAUUUUUUGAACACCCUCGCGGAGUAUAUUAUUAUCCCCUACCUGCGAUGUGAAAUAAGGUCUUGUUACAAGAAGGUUGAUAAUGAUCGAGACCUCCUCAUUGGCAACAAGUCGGAGGAAAAGAAAAAGGAUAGCACCGUAGUAGGUGUAGAACAUAGUAACAAGGAAUUUUGUUCCAGUUACACAGACUUCAACAAGCUAAUGUGCAAAUUUCCGUUGCACGAAUAUGAAUCGCUGAAGCUGUUGGAACUCUUUUCCCUACAGUAUCCUAUGUUUUUAAAAAUAAACAAUAAUCCACAGAGGUGCCUGAAAGAUAUUGCCAAGCCAUGUGAAUAUUCGAGUAACGUUUUGCCCACCUAUGGAUCGUACAUAUUUCAAGUGGCAGUCUCCUUCGAAAUUGACAAUUCGAUAAAGGUGUUGGAUGAACUUGGUUCAAAGUGUAAGAUAACAUUUCAGCUUGUGGAAGACGAGGGGUGUGAAAAAGAGAGCACAGACGGAAGUUCAGAGGAAAACGUGAGUAAACAAAAAGAAUACAACUUUUUGGAGAUUAAUUUUCAGCAGAAUCACAUGUACACCAAAUUGAUCAAGUCAUCUGGUGCUGAAUCAUUCGCGAAGGAAAAGGAAGAAAAUGAAAAGGAGACUUAUGAUAAAUCGAGUAAAAUAUCAAAUGGAGGGCAUAACGAGCAGGGUGCUUACCACACUGGUAGUAUCAAUAACAGUGAAGUAAGCAAUCAUGAGAGGGGCAAGAGCCAGAUUAAGAAUGCGAAUAAACUGAUCAAUGUGUACGACAUUACGAACAUGAACACCAUCAUAUUUGACAUAUUGAUUGAUCAAGGGUGUUACAGUAAUGAUGGGGGUACUUGCGAUUUUCAAAGCGACCAUGGGAAAAUAGUAAUAUAUUCCAAUGGAAGGCAUUUACUAACAACAAGUAUAAGAAAGAAGAACUCCCCGUUGGAUAACAACAUACUAAUAAAUAACAAUAUAAAGCUCAAGGUGUACACUUCACGAACGUGCGUCUUUGACUUUCCAAAGGAUUGUGUCUGGUCUUCUGCAUUCGUGGAUGAAUUAGUAAACAGAAAAUUAAUCCCAAACAUCAAUCGAAACUUUCUCCUCAGAAACCCGCUUAACAUAGUGGAACUGUACAAUAAGGUGUCCAUUGCGUUGAAUCGUUACAUGUAUCGCUUUUGCGAAUGGAAUGACGACGACUAUAGGAAGAUAAUGGAAAAGGAAACCUCAUACACCUUAUACAAGAACAUUGAUAUUCACACCUUUGAGACACUAAUUAAGUGUACGGAAAAUAAUAAUAAAAUAUUGAGGAAGCUGUUCAAAUUGGCUAAAGGUUGUGCAUUUCCUGGGGGGGAACUUGUCCCUGAUGAGAAUAAUGGCAGGAACGAGGUUUACCCGAUCCAUCAGGCAACUCAUUGCACAAGUGAAGCAAAGGAUAAUGUCGGAAUGUAUAGAGAGUACCUGUACGAAUGGAACCAAACAUGCGAUUCACAGAUCUGUGCCUUGAGCAUCUUAAAGUUAUAUCUGAAAAACAACAUGCAAGUGCAAAAUAGCAGGAUAGAAAAUAACGAGAACUUUUACUCUCUAUCGGAAAGAUUGAUUACGUCAUUUUUGAAAAUUAUUAAACUGAAGAGUCCAUUUAUAGGGAGGGAUGAUUACUGCGUAAGGGAAUGCUACGAAAUGGAGGAGUUGGACCUGAAUGGGAGUUUAUGGCUACUCAGAAGAAAUGUCUUUCAGAUACUACUAGAGGCGGAUAAAAUAAUUAUAAGCAACGUUUUUAUGAGGAUUCAUAUAGAAACAAUCUCAAAAUUGCUCAAGUUCUUUUCUGAUAAUAACAGCCUUGAUUCGCAGAUAAUACUCAAGGUGUUAAAAUCUCUGGAACACAAGGGCAUUUUGGAAAUAAUGAUGAAAAGGAUGUUAAGUGUACCUUAUCACAACUGUUCAAGCGUUUCUUAUAAAAAAAUGAACUUAAGCACAACUGGUCAUUAUGUAAAUACUACGAAUAUGAACUCGUGCACAUCCUCAUCAGCGUCGUCUAAUUCGACCAUCUACAACGCGAAUGUGGACAACAUAAAUGAUGGGAAUGGAAAUAGAAGUAGGGGAGAAAAACGAAAGAAGAGAAAGUAUUACGAAGAAAAUAAACACGAAAUUGAGAGAUAUGAGAAGAGAAAAAAGAACACCAAGAGUAGGAUCAUAGAAUCUACACACUUUGGAAUAUUCGUCGAAGAGCUAAUUUCUCUUAUAAAUCAUCAAACGAAUGAUGCAAUAAAUGUACCCGUUGUACAGUACAACGAAGAGAGUGAUUUUUUGAUGGAGAAUAAAGCGUGCAACAUUAUUCACAAGUUGUGUUCUUUCUAUGAAGAUGAAUGGAGAAAUGAAAGCUGUGCGAAUUCUGGUUACCUUGAUUUUUGUGUAAAAAUAUUGAAUCGGAUGAAGCACAAGAACAAUCAUGUGAGCAGUGCUAGUGAAGUGGCCUCUAUUUUUUUGCGGGGAAUUGUGCUGAUGCUGACGACUUACAUAUUGACCAUAGCAACUGAAUAUGAAAGUGCGAAAACGUUUUUAUACCAGCCGGUCAUUCCGUUCUAUAAUGCGUAUGAUGAAAUGGCUAAGGAGGGGGAAGCUGAUGAUAGGAAGCAUAACUCCACGAUUCCGUUCAGGAAUGCAAAAUGGGCUGAAGGAGAAAUGGAGCAGGUGGAAGACUUGGGGGGGGAUACCAGCGAAGCGGGUGAAGAGGACGAAUCAGUAGACGAAUCGGUUCGCAGGGACAUGUUGACAAAUGGAUCCAACAUAUCAUCCGCCUUGAAGAACCAAUUAUUUGACACGUUGAACAAUGAGGUGGAAGAUAGAAGCAGCUGUAACAGUAAGUAUUCCAGUUUCCUUAGCCGCAGAUCAUCACUAGACAUGGAGAAUAAGCAUUUCUUAAUGUAUGCCAAGUGUGAUAGAAAGAAAAAGUCGUGGAUUCCACUGGUAAGUAGCCCCAAACAUGGUCUACUGGAUGAUGUCAUAUCCCAUUCGGACGAUUCAGGGUCGCACAUAUAUAUAAACAAAAAUGACCUUUCCGACUUCAUUCAAACCAGUUUGGAGAGCAUAAAUGGUGAUAAUGUGGAUGCCAGGAGAAAUCAGAGGAAUUCCGUCGAAUCUCAUAAUAGCAAGAGUAGAUCCACGCGUCUAUCUGAGUAUUACUACAAUUCGGACGAAUCUGAUGAAUUCUACAUUAGAAAAAAUUUGCAAGAAUAUAAUGAAGCGAAUAGCGACUCGAAUAACUUCAAAACACUACUAAAUGGCAUAAUGUAUAAAUUUUCCAAAAAGAAAAAGUACAUGAAAAAUGGGAAGAAGCUUAAGCACCUGAGGAAGAGGAUAAUUAAAUAUAAGAAUGACUCCAAAAAACUCAACUUUAUAUUUUCCCUUUUGGAGGAAAUAUUAAAAAUAAUGCUGGGGGUGGGGAUGCGCGUCCUUUCGAGCAUUUCUUAUCACUACCUGUACGAGAAGAAUGGGAUACACAAAUUCAUAUACAUAUUUGGGUCUAAGGUCAUCCGAAAUGACUUAACUGAGAAAACAUCAUUUUUAGAGUUGUGUGAAAAUAUGAUUAAGCCGAACAGUAUGACUCUGCUGCAAGCGUGCAAUUUUAUCAUAAGCGGAAUUAUACCCUGUCUUGGAUAUGUCACCAACCUUUUUGUGGAUAAGAAAAAUAACAGAUAUUCCUACAUCAAGGAAUUGAAGAAUUAUCUAUCGUUAAAAAUGGCCCUGAAUAUAUGGCCUAUGUUUUUAAAGAUAACAUUGCAGGGUUUGUUAACCUCUAGACAUCUGUCCUUCGAAAUGUCGGUGCACAAGGACACUUUGCACCCCAUUGCUGAGUGUUCCAUAAGCAUUACAAGUUUGGCCACUCACUUCUUAACAUUUUUUACUGUUAUGUCAGACAAUGUGAGCAAGUAUGAAAUAUAUGUGAAUAUGAGGAAAAGCUUGAUGAGUGCGAACCCUUAUCCCAUACCACUUAUUCUGAUCAAUGCUGCAAAAUAUAUUCGCAUUUCAUCAAAAAGGAACAAGUACUACGAUUUUGAGAAGGCCAUAAGAACAAUUCUGCUACAGCUUACAGACUGCUCCGUGUGUGACUAUGAGAAUUACCUCUUCAAUCACUACAUAAUACCCGAGAGCAUUUCUAGCUUCUUAUCGGCUACGAAAAUGACUGACGAGGAGAUGAUUAAGGAAGGGGGGGCCCCCCCUAAAGGUUUAUUAACAAAUAGGUCUAACAAUGAAAUUAAUAUGAGUGAGCUUAAGUCUGUGGCAAAGUCUUACAUGAAGACAUACAAAACGAUGUACGCGGAAGAAGAAGUAAUUUCUGCGAAGAAAUUUGAAGGGGAAAAUCUUGGCAGCCACACCGAAAGGGAGAAAGCACUCGCGGGAAAUGAAUCAAGCAAAAUGUCUGCUCAGACAAACGUAGAAUUUUUAAAGAGACUGAUGAAUAAUGACAAAGAUGCUGUAAAGUAUCUUGGCACAUUUUACAAGGUGUUUCACAAAAAUUUUGAAACAGCCCAAAUAGCCUUUGUUGCGGUGUUUUUGCAUCUCAUUGGUUAUAACCACAGCCAAGGGAGAGACAUGGAGAAUGAGCGACAGAGUGGUCUAUGCAGUAGAGAAGAAAAGGAAAGUGCCCUCAUAACUGAGGCGCUAGAAAUGAAGAAAAUAACCAUAGCGUGCAAUUUGGCCAAGCAGGGAGUAAUUGAUCUGAUAUCGAAAAGCCAAAUACAACAUCAGAGGAAAAGUAUCGAAGGUAAGUUUUCUUCAAAGUCCAGGUGGAGCGAAGAGAAAACAAAUGACAAAGGUAUGGAGUUUCUCGAAUUGUACAACAAGGAGUUGGACCAAGUGGAUGAAGUGGACGAUGGGGAUAUUGCAGAUGUUGUGGACGAUAGGAGGGGUGCGCUAGAUAAAAAGCAGCGGAGCAUUAACUCUACCAAUAGUGACGAAGAGAAUGAAUUUCUAUGCAACAAUAGUGUAGGGGAGCGUAGGAAGAAACAAGUGUCAGAUAUAGAAGGGGAUGGAUACAUUUCGCCAAAUUUGAGGAAGGAAGAAUUAAACUACCUGAACGAUGUGUUACGAAACACAGAGAAGUGUAGCAACAGAAGUAGCGAACAAUCAGGAGUAGAUUUAAUAAGAAGGAAGAGGGAAAAACAAAUUGAUAAAAUUUUAAAAAAGUGUGAAUGGAUUAUUAAUACGUACCCACAUGGCUUAUGCCCGAUAGUUAUCAAGGACAAUUUUUCACACGGAUGGGAUGAGCACUUUGUAUUUAUGCGAAGAAAUUCAUAUGACAUCCCCAUUACAGCUAGGAAGAUAUACUCAGAUCGUAGUGACUUUCACCUGGUACAGGAAGCCGCCACCAUGCCAACCUUUGCCAGCUCAUUAAAAACUAAUGUUUCAUCAAUGACCUAUUUUGAUCAUAUCCUUAGACAUCCAAACAAUAUUUAUGAGAAAUUGGAAUGUAUACAAUUUAGCACGGAGAAUAUUUUCGGAAAAGGGACGACAAAAAAUUUAUGUCUUUUGAAAAGAUUGUUAAAAACGUAUAAAAGAAAUGUUAGUUUGAAGGACUGCAAGAAUGGAGAUGGUAAGCCAGACAAGGAGAACGGGGAUAAUGCAAAACAGCUAGAUAUGUACGUUUGUAACAACAAGGCAAGGAAUUCCUCUAACAGUUGUCCAAGUUGUGAUAGUGCCAAUUUUUACAAUGACGAGUCGAACUUUUAUAUGAAUUACAACUUAUGUGAAAGGAACCAUAAUAAUUCGAACAACUCUAUUAUUAUGAAAUAUUCCAAACAUGGCAAGAAUAACAUAAAGCAGUCUGUGCAGGGGGGAGCCUUAUGGCAAGAUUCUAGGUUGAUGAAGAAUUUUAUUUCUCACCACGGUAACGAUGUAACUCCUGGAGAAGAGUUAAACUCAAGCAUGGUAAAUUGCAAAUCUGACUUUUAUUUUUUUUCUCCCAAAUCAUUUGAUGAAAAUGACUUCAUUAGUCGAAACAGCAACAACGGUAGCAAAUGGGACUGUAACGCUCCUUACGUGACGAAGUAUACCAAUUCCAUUUUGGAUUAUGAGGAAAACCUAUCGGACCAUAACAUGUCGGAGGUACAGCAUAAUAAAUGUAAUGGUCUUUCGAAAUCCAAAAAAAUGUUCUCCAUGCAUAAGCAAGACUUUAUGCGAGCGUACCAUGAUGAAAUGAAGAAGAAGCAGGGGUGUGAGAAAAAGAAAGAAUUCCUCCCCUCCUUUGACAGCUUUAGAGGUAAAGUCACCACCCCGGUUAAUUCGAAAGAUGUGGACACAGACAUAAUCGUAAAUGUUAACAGCAUCAUGGAUCAGAGCGUCGAUUCGAAGGACUUGCUGCAGUUGAAGGAAAUACUAAGCUUUCUAAUUAGCGACAUGGACCUUGACACCGUUUUGAAUAUUAUCCGAAUAGAGCAGCUAACCACCUUGUGUCGUUACCUUAUCAGUAGGAGCUUAAAGUCUAUGCUGUGCGCAGGAAUUUUUGGAGGUAUUAAAAACCCUAUAGUUAACACGAAGAAGAAGAAUAAUAAUAAUGUAUGCCCUAAUAAGCGAUCCCAAAAGGGAUAUAACUCAAAUUCUGAUGACAUCAAGAGAAAGAAGAAGAGUAACUGUAGUGAGAAGAGCGUAGACAGAAGUGAUUUUUCCGCUAGUGCAAAUUAUUCCAAUGUGAAUAAUACCAACAAUGCUACUAUAAAUAUCACCGCGGGUAGUAAGAACGAGAAAAGUAUAUCAGAUGGGAAGCGACCUCAAGUUGAAACGCACAUACGAAGUGGAAAUAAAAAGGAGAGGGGCAUAUCCUUCCACAAGAAGAAUAGACGCAUCGCCCUAUAUGAGGAUGGCAAAAUUACCACGCUUCGAGACGAAAGGAAGUACAAGAAUUUCGAAACAAAUAAGAAAUAUAAUAAAGAUGAUAAGAGGAAAAGGGGGAUAUUUGAGCAAUGGAGGCAGAAAUCCGCCAAAAGUAUGCAGUGGCCUGUCAUACUGGACUUGCUCGUGCCAUCCUCCAGCAGAGGUACUUACAACGAAGAUAAUAAAGUGAUUUCCAACAUCGAGCCGUCUCUCUUUUCCGUGCAAAAUUAUGGCUGGAUGCUUCUAAAAUUGUUGCACAUUAUAACGAUAAAGUUUAGGAACGCCUCUCCGUUGAAAAACGUCAUUACGCAGAUGAAUGAAGGAGGUGGAAAGGGUGAGGGUAGUAGCGUUUGUGGCGGUCUAAAUGUAAAGAGCCAAUUUUCGCACCAGUACUGGUUCACGCAACCGAUGGAGCACGCGUUGUCUUUUACGCUGACGGAUAUUACGAAGAGCACAUGUAUAUGGUACUUAAGAUACAAUCGCAAAAUGCUAUCAAAUUCGUCUAGCUUUUCGCAAAUUAUAAAAAAUUCCAUGAAUACUCUGUGGAUUGAAAGUGUGCUUCGGCUGAUAGCUUUGCAAAUAUGCUUACGAGUGAAGCCCCUGAAUGAUAGCAGAUAUGUAGUCCCGUUCUUGUACCAUAUGUUGACCAUCUGCCAGCCACUCCUUAGGGAAGUGCACAUAAACAGUGAGAAUUUGAAGAAAAAAAACAUAGCAGGAAAUAGAAGGGCAAUUUUUAUGGAUGCAAAUAAUACUGUAGUCGAAGUGAUGUGUUCUCAUUGCCACAAAUGCAUAACAGGAUCUUCUAAAAAUGUGAAUUCUAAGAUUUUUCCCAUUGGAAAGAAUUUAAAGAAUAUUAGGAAAAUCAAUUCCAGCGAAAUGACCUACACCAAGAAAGGUUGCAAAGCCAAUGAGGAAACCAAGAAUCCGCUCGACGUGAAGGGAUAUAUACAUUCAGAACGUGUACAGAAAAAGCAGAUGAAAAUAAAACAAAAGGUGUUGCGCGUGAGGAACUACAAUUCUUCAGAACAUGAGCACGAACAUGAAGUGAUAUUGGACAAUGUAAUUACUGGCAUUGUUGUGUACCACGAAACGGUUAAUGAUGGUGUGUCUGUAAACAAAAAAAGGAUUUUGCAGAACUUGAAUGGUUUUAAAAUAAGGAAGGAGUACACGCACGGAAAGCAGUAUUGGGCGUUGUGCACACAGCAGUAUAGCAAUUCCCCCCAUUAUACACUACCGCUAAGGAAUGUGAAUAGAUCAAUUAAACAUACGAAUAGAAAUAUUUUCCAAUGCGUAGAUGACGAGUCUAACUCAUGUUACUGGUCUAUCAGUGGGGACCCCGUUUAUAACAUUUAUGGUAAUGCCAAAGCGAUAUCAGAUGUGCAGCUAGAAAUAUGCAUCAACAAAAAUUAUGAUGCGUCUGUGAGGUCUUUCCUGAAAAAGAAUAAUUUCGAACUGGAACUUUCUAUAAACAACGAUGUGAAUGACGUGAUAAAUAUUUGGACGAAAAAGAAGGGAAUUAUUAUAAACAAGGAGCUAAUAGAGUGCAUAGAUCCGUGUGGUGGCAGCCUUACAGCCAAUUCAUCAUGGAAGAACAAAUCAGUAGAUAACGAAAAAGAGUUGGUAAGAAAGGAACUGCAGAGGGUUUCUAACGAGGAGGACGAGUUAAUAAACUCAGUAAGAAAAAGAAGCCGAUUUGAAAAUUACACCAAUAAGAAUUAUGAAUAUGCAUCAGAACACGUUUGCCAGUGCAGGAAAUUCUCCACCGACUAUGACCAUCCUAAUGACAAUAACGACUGCUCGUACAAAAGUGUUCCUUCUGAAAAUUGCAAAACGGGCAUCAAUACGAGUACAUAUGAUCAGGAAGAUAACGUGAAUUAUAAGAAACUAAAAAUGAUAAGCUGGAAUUUGAUAAAAACAAUCCUAUGGGGGAUCUUAGUGUCUGGUGAAAAUGGCCAAGGGGAAAAUUCAGAUCAAGUUGUCUCAGAAAGUAGAACAAAAUAUGUGAGGAAUAAUGCAAGUAAUAACAUUUCGGAGGAUAUCAAUGAAGAAUACAAAUAUGGGAAUAACUACACCGAUUAUAAGUCUCAGUUUUAUUCGCUUCAAAGAAAGAGCCUCAUAGAAUCUGUUCUAAAAAUGAUCAUGUCAGUUUUGAUAAAACUGUGCAACAUUGUCAAGCUGUACAAUGACUUGACAAAGAAUCAGCAGGGAUCCUUCUACAUCAGAAUUAGCCAUAUAAAAAUAUCAAAGCAACAAGUGAAAGAUUGUGAGAAGAUGAUAACUGAUUUUAUGUACACCUUGAUAAAUUGUGUUCAGAAUUCCCCCACAGGUGCGGUUACUCUUCUAAGGUGCUUUCUCUUCGGGCAGGAUAAUCCUACCUACCGUUUUAAGAAGCUGAAUAAGCUAAACAUAAAUUGCAAUUUUUACAGAUUGAUCACGGAAUGUAUUAAGAAAUCCCCUAACGACGCAGAUGACAUCACCGUCUUUUUCAACAAUUACUUUGAUAGGAAGAUGGUAAAAAUGUAUGGAAUGAAUCAGGAAAAUAUUUCGGUGAAUCAGAUGGGGAAGAUCAAAACAACGACCGUUGCUACGAUGAAAGGGAGCUCCAGCAAUGCGGCCCACAACAGCGUGGCUACAUCACCGAAGGUGAAUCUGAACAAUGGAAGUUCUGUUAGGCAUAAAGGAACGAAUAUGAAAAUGUCUAAUUUCUUCUUUAAAAAUUAUGAUACGAAUGUUAUGAGAAAUUAUAAGCAGAGUAAGAUUCAUGGGUUCUUUUUACUGAGGUGUUUGCCCUCCAUUAAGAUGUUCCCAAAGCAGUUGAUCCUGCAGGAAACGAAAAAGUUAUUUAACAGCGAGGUGAAAAUCCCCCAUGAAAGUAGUACCGAAUCGACGCCUAAAGAAUAUGAUGAGAGGAAAGGUGUCAGCAGUGCAAAUGAAACUUGCCAAAAUGAUGAGUUACCAGUAAAUACAUGUUCGAAGGAGAACAUUUCUGUGAAUUACCAGAUGGAUCUAAAUACGGCGAAUAAUGAAGGGAACUCCCAAUGUAACAGCAUCAAUGAUAUAUUAGGAUUGAUACCGAGGGUAUCGUACAGGAACCAUCCCUUUGAUGAAUUGCCCCAAUCUGAGUUUUUCAUGUCUAGUAGACCGUCAGACGAUUUUGAAGCUAACAUGGAAGGAAGAAUUUUGAGAGUGUUGCGUGGCUUAAAUUUAGGAGGUGUCGUUUUAUGCCUAGCACCACUGACAUUUCCUGCUUUGAAUAUUGGUCCGAACGAAGUAAACGAUAUAAUAAAUUUUCGUAUUCAGACGAGAGGGCGCUUCGGCGUGACCGUUGCCCCAGCGGAAUGCGUUUUGUCCAAUGUGUCCGAAGUAUUUGACAGAAAUGAUGUAGUUGGAUUUCGCACAAGUAUGUGUCCUCCUUUUAGACACGACGUGUUUGCGGCCAAUGUGCAGUAUGAACUCGGUGAUUUAUUGAGCGUAAAAUUUAAUGUGGAGGAUCAGCAAAAUCAGAAAUGCUUACGAACCGAGUUAAUGGUCUCAGGGGUUAGCAUCGGAUCCGUCCUCGAAGUGCUAUUCGAAGCAGAAUCACAAAUCGAAUUCGAAAGAAGAAUGAACUUAAUAUUUAUUUUUCAAGAUCCGAUGACGAUUGUAUAUGAGGGUCCAACUUUCAGCAUGGAGUACGUAGACCCCAACAGUAGGAAGUCCAGGAAUGCCCAAAAUGAAAGGGAAAAUUUGGACGAAGAAUAUCUGAACGAAAUUUAUGCAAUUACUGGGCAUAAUAAGAAGAAUAUAAAAAAGCAGUUAAAAAAGAUAAAACUGAAGAAGAAAGAAUUCUACGAAUCCGUGAAACUUUAUCAAUCCAUUCUUGAUUCGGACAAUGAAAUAUUGAAAGACUUGAAGCAUGAAGUUAUAAUAAGAAUGAAUACAACGUUGACUAAUGUAGCAGAAUUCUUGAAGAAGAAUUCAUCAGCUUAUUUAAUUACGGAUCGAUUAGGAGAGAACCUCUCAAGCGUUAGCAAUUUCGGAAAUAUUCCACAUUUUAAUAACAAAGCAAAAGGCCCUAAAUUGACACUUCUAAACACUCAAUCGAGUGAGGAAUUAAGAAAUAAAGGUUCUGCUAACCUUGGUAAGGGGGAAUACCUCCUGGAUGAGAUAACGAACAAAUAUGUGGAUAAAAAAACGCACAAUUCGGGAUUCAGUAACACAAGAGGGGAGAAAUAUGCAGCACCAGAAGGUAAUAGUCAAGGGGUUCAUAUGACGGAGGAAUUCACUCUUUCCGAUCGGGACACUUAUAAUAUAAUUCAUUUUAGCAAAAAUGCAAAUGGCGCAGAAGAAGGAAUUAAUCAUUUAAAGUCAAAGGAAUUGGGAAACGAUGCAUCACAGAUUGACAAAUUUGUUCAACAGAGCAGUGAUCAGUUGUAUGUUACGAAUCAAAAUUCUUCUCUCUACAUAAAUGUUUACAACAAAAAGGGGAAAGGGGUGUUAGAUAUAAACAAGUGCAUCAGAGAAGUUUUGUCCAUCAUAUGUGUCUUAGGAUUAAAUGUAAACCCAGAAGAGAAAAAAAAAUUUGAGGAUAAAAAUUCGGAUGGAAAUAAUUCCACCAUUGAUGAACUUCCCUGGUUGUCAAGUUUAUCCGAUUUAAAAAAUUCGGUAGCGUAUAGUUUGGACAGAAAAUGUGUGGAGCUGUUUUUUUGCAAUUUGGUAGACAUCAUCUGCAGUGAUGUUUUUGUGCACGCGAUUUUUAAUUUUGUUACGAAGAAAUUACACAAGAAGAAGGAAUCCGUGGUCAGCAAGGCGAAACACAGUACAAAUGGAGUCAAAAGCAACAGGAAGGCUAAGAGGAGGUUUAAGAAUUUAAGCGAAUUUGAUUCUAAGAAUGUUCUUGAAACAGCGGCAGAUUCGUACAAUGAAAAUAGGGUGAAUAAUGAGAACAGCAACAACAGCACAAAUACGAUAAAUGAGAUGAGUAUAAAUAAUUGUGGCUGUAUGGACAAUAUUGUAAGCUCAGGAAAUGCCAACAGCAAUAAUGAUAACUCUUUAAUGAAUUCAAUUUUUAUCGAAGAAAAUGAAUCGUUAGAAGAUCAUGAAGAAAGUGCUUUAAGUAAUGACAAUCAGGAAAUGCUUAUGACGAAAGAUAAGCGGGUAGACAGGAACUUAGACAAGAAGGUUUCAGAUUUUAAGAAUAUUUCCUUUUCAGAUAAGGUUAGAAAAAAUGUUUUUUUCGAAUAUAGCCUUUGCAUGAUUGGAACCAAGGCAAUUAUGUGUUGCUGCAUUUUGUUACGAACUCUCCUGGAAAUGAAUUCCGAUGGGUUCUAUAAGCCGAAUGAAAAUGUGUAUGGAUCUUUUAAGAAGCUCUUAAGCUUUAUUAAGGUAUUUUUCUUCGUGGAUAUUGGCAUAAGUGAUUCGCUGAUAGUGCACUUUGCGAGGAGCAACUCCGUGAACGUUGAGCAUCUCCUUAACAGUGGAAACAGGACAGUUUCUCAAACGGGAAGUCCAGAACAUGGUGAAGAACAAAACACCAGUGCUGAACCUGCCGCUGUGAUUGCUUCCUCCUUUGUUGGCAGCUUCAUGGACAAAAAAGAGAGUCAAAAUUGCAGAUUAUAUUCAGAAGAUGAGAAAGAUACCUAUUGUACGCCCCCCCAUGCUCCAGAACGAAAAAGUACCUUUGACAUGGAAGGAACGAAAAAUGAACACGUAAACCUUUUAGAAAUUUUAACCAUUUGUGGAAUUCCAUUGGACUUUUUCCAAUACUUUAACAUAAGAACUCCGGUAAUUAAGAACCAGCAGGUCAUAACACAAAACGACACGUUCGAUUUGUGGAUCUACCUCCUUAAUCUGGUAGCUUGUUUCAACAGCCAAAGUAGGUAUUCCUUAUGCUUCCCCCAAAAUGUUCAUGAGGUAAAUAAUGGCAGCGUCAAGAGUACCCUUUUCGAUUUUGAGUAUUCCAAUUCGAGUUUUUCCAACAAAAUAGUACGAAAAACGGCCAAGUUUUUUGCAGGGUGGUUACUAAAAAAGUAUCUAAUCGAUUUAAGCUGCGUUAUGGCAUCCUUAGUGCCAAAAUUGUUUAUGGACGAGCUGAGGGAAAUCUUAGUAAGAAUGAAUGAAGGUGCGAAGGUUGGAGAAGAUGUAGGCACCUUCAACAAUGAUUGCAUGAAUUUACGUACAAGGGAAACCACUUCCGGAAAUAUUGAUACGACUAUGAAGGUAACAUGUGUGAAAAGGGGAUCUAGGGGAAAUGAAAAUUUUCUUAAAGGAUGUAGGAAAGACAAAACUAACAUGAUGUUCAAUAACGAACCAAAUAGUAAAGUGUACAAUCUGCUUGGUGAUAAAAUGGAGGAGGAAAAUAGCCAGCGUGACUUUGGUUAUGACCCUUCUGAUGUAAAUAAGAAUGGCGCUUUGUGGACAGAGGAAGAUGGGGAGUAUACGCAGGAUGAUAGAUACGAAGGUUUGAACAUGGAAAGGGAGCACCACAGUAGUGAGAGCAGAAGGAACAAAAUAAAUAACAUAUCCGAGUUGAUUAACGGUGCGUUGAAGAAUAAGGAGGAGAUGUUAAACCUAUUUAGCGUCAUGUACCUCUUCCGCAUAUGCAUUUAUUACCUAAGUAGAAGCAAAGAUUUUAGGAAAGAGGAUUAUUGGCAAGAAUACCAAGGGCAAAUUAGAAACUCGAGGAUGAAACAAAAUGUGUAUAAGUUGCUUAACGAGAACAGUUGCAAAAGUUCUCUCCUGUUCGGGUGGCAAAGGAUAUUCUACCAGUGUGUAAUUACUUGGGAUGAUAAAAAGUUAGUAGAUCAGCUUCUACUUAUAAUACAAUCUGAAUUGUUAUACCAUUUAGUUGGUUCUAUUGCUCAGAGCGUGUCUCAAAAGAGAGUGAAGGUGGACAUGUUCUAUGCCAUUUCUCCGUCGGUUCAUGUCGCGCACUGGAUGUUGGAUACAUUUGUUAGGCAUCCCCUAUGUCCAUCGAGAGUAAGAUCUUGCUGUGUUACUCCCUUGGCAGUUUCCUCCCUCUUUGGGUUAAUUAUGAAUGGAAAUAGACUCCCCACUUUUAUUGGCAUAGACGCAUGCAGACUGGUGUACUGGUCUUGUGUAGCGUAUAUAUUACAAAAUAGUCGGAGCGAUAAGAAGUACAAGAAAUUGCAGGACAUUGAUAUGGUAACGCAGUUUAGCGUUCAAGUGGAGACUUUGGCCGACGAUUAUGAUUUGAAAGGUAAUGACUAUAAGAACACUACGGAAAGGAAGAACGAACGAUACAUCACUGUUAGGGAGAAAUAUCAACGGGUGAAGUGCAACUACCAGGCAUUUUUGUCUUACCUCUUUAACUGUGUGCAUAUUUGUGGGUCCUCCCUUUUUAACCAAAUUUUGAACCUGAAUAUGGAAAACAGUUACAAAGGCGGAAGCGGUAACAAAAACAAACCCAUCGAUAUCAGCAACAACAAUGUUAGAAAUAAUAACGAGCAUGUGAACAACAUUAUAGACAACCUAAACAACAACAUCAGUGAUAUCCUGAGUUGUAUACAAAACUCAGCAAAUAACAGGAUGAUAAAUAAUAAUUUCAACGGAAUCAGUAGUGUUAGUAAUGAGACUAUCUACAAUUUAAAUAUAACCAACAGGACAAGCCCAAAUAUCUCUUCCAAUAAUGCGAAUAACAGCAGUAUGCAAGAAAACACGGAAACGGUAAAUUCUUGUAAUAAUGGUAACACGCCUACAACUCCCAACCCACUGUAUUUAAAUAGCACUGUUGUUAGUAGCAAGAAUGAGAAGAAGUUAGGCCACAAUUUUUCCAAUUUUGAUCUGUUUGAAAAUAAAGAGAAAAGCACCUACAGCCCUCUGAAGAUUAACGCAGCCUUGCUUAUACAUUACUUCGCUUGUGCUGCGUACUACAUUAAGAAGGCCGAUAUGUGUAACAACCUGGAUUACCACGAUGAGCAUGUGCAUUCGAAUUUUAAGCAGUACUGCCUUUAUCUAUACGUGGUGGAUCACGUGUCAAAGGUGUAUGCUAAAAGCGUCAGACGACGCGACAGACGAAGUGACAGACGAAGUGAUAGGAAAAGUGAUAGGCAAAGUGAUAGGCAAAGUGAUAGGCAAAGUGAUAGGCAAUGUGACAGACACAGGGAAUAUCACCAGGUGGAUGAGUCGAACCUUGGAGCAUCGCCUUCCCUGUCGGAUGGCUUGAGGAAAGAUCCAAAUGAAAGUUCCAAUAUUUUGUGCGAUUUUUCCAUUAAAAAGGAGGCCCAAAUUUGUUCCCUAUACAGUAAGGAGGAGGAGAAUGAAGAAAAAGGAAGUAGUACACUCAAGGGGGAGAAAAACAAGCACCUAUUCUUUGCUGAAAAUAAUAAAAUUAUAAAUACCAUGGAGAGAAAAGAUAUUCUAGAUGAUUCAUACGAAGGAAACUACCCCGAAAUGUUCGUCGACAAUGUUCUGCAGUUGAGCAAGAAAGUUUGUGCCAAUGUCAUAAUUGAUAUUAAUGAAAAAAUACAUCAUGUAUGUUGUCCAAACGCAGAUGUGGUUCAGUUGAAAAUAAAGGAUAUGUUCCUAAUACCGAAGGAAAAAACAGAGCGCUCUGCACCAGGGGGGGGGAAAUACCCGGAGGAGCGUUAUCACAGUUCGAACAAGGAGGAAAUUACUGGAUGCGACAAUCACAGGGUAGAUCGAAUCAUGCAUUUACUGAAGGAGGAAAAUGAGGAACUUAAGCAUGUCACCAGAAAGAAUAUUGAUUACCCCUCGAUUGUGUUCAGCGCAGACAAUGAUUUUCACUACGUUUUACAAGAAAUUAAGCAUAACAAGGUUCAAGAAUUCUUGUUCCUCGAAUCGAAAUCGUUAAGUGAGGACUUAGAUUUGCAAAAUGUAGGAAGGGUCAAUUUGGGUUCCCAUAUCGAACUAGUUGAUUUGUGUAACCUACCACAGGCUUUCAUUUUAAUGGGAGAUUCCGAAAUAUACUCAGGUGCACACAACUCUUCCUUUAGCAUUUCUCUUGGUGUAUCGAAUAAGCAGAAUGGAGCAGUGGUACCAAUUAGCGACUUGGUCCAUAUAGAAGUGGGGUUACUGAAUGUGAGUGCCAAUUACGAUUCAGGGGGAAAAGACACGUCGCAAUCGCACAGCCUGGAUGAACCAAAUAUUGACGAAUUGAAGAGGUACAGGAACUGCAAGAUGUCAGUCAAUAGAGAAUUUUACAAAAACGGAAACAGUACUAAUUCUCACAAACUUACGGAUAAUAUGCUAAUUAGUUAUAGCAAUUACGCAGAAAAUGAUCUGGAGGAGGAAAAAAUGUUAAAGUAUGCUUCUUUCUUACCGAAAUGUAUGGAGAAGAAGGUGUACUCGAAAAGGGGAAAUGAAUUUAGUGGUGCGCAUGGAGCAGAUUCGAUCCAUAGAAAGGAAACUGAGCAAAUUAGGAAGAAUCUUUUGAGCUACUCUGCAGUAAACACAAGGGUUAAUGGCAGUAAGAGGUUUUCCAUAAGCAGCUAUGAAAACGAUGAUGGAAGUGGAAAUGAAAGAGGGAAUCAUGACAAGUAUCUCGUGUCCGAUGGGUACAACAACAUUUCAUCCUCGAAGACGCUAUCCGUCGUGAGCGCAGUGAAUUCAAAUGACGCAUACAACAGGGUGAACAGUUCCAUCAUGCUGAACAUUGCGAACGGGACGGUGAAGACCACGGGGUUAUUUCUCGACAGUCAUGUUGAAAAUGUCAAUCCAUCAAUGAUCAAUAAUGCAUCCUCCCUUGAUAACGUUAUCCUAAAAGUGAAGGUUAUUGGGAAGCAGAUUCUGUGGUUCUCAAAUGACACUCUAAUUUUCCGAAAAGAGUUCAUGGCGCAGAUGACCAAUUUCGUACCACUGAUCAAGGUAACACGCAUCGUGGCACAUAAAAAAUUAGACAGCUUCCAGGAUAAUCAUUUUAUCAGUUCCUCAAUUCAUUUAAAAUUUAUUGACACGAAUGAAAAGAUAUUCGUGUCUCCGCUAACCAACUUUUACUUUAAAUUCGAAAAUGUACACAAGGAGAAAUAUAGCAAUGAUAAAUGCACGAAAAAUAUGAACAUGAAUUGGAAGAGAAACCUGUGGAAGCGCACGUGCUUCGUCCUCCCCGAUGCCGCCUGGGCAAGUAGAUCUUCAACCAAAUCUGUGAAAAAGAACAAAAUGCCCCUCAUAAUAGCACAACCGGAUAAUGAAAUAUUAGUACAUUAUUAUAAUUCUAGGUCUAAUCACUUUCCCACUGGUGAACCCUUUUCGAACACAUUAUUUUUAACACCAAAUAUGCAAAUUAAAAGCGAGCCGGUAAAGUUUUCGAAUGUUAUGCAGUGCAAAAAUGUGCAGGGGGGAAAAUGGAAUUUUCUAACCCUAGAAAAUGUCACAGUUGUAAGAAGUGUACCAGUUAUAAAUUACUACGGCGUUGCCAAUUCAUAUAAACAAACAGAAAUAGGAAAAAUUGAUUUAGAUGGAUUCAAUAAUUGCGAGCAUAAAAAUGGAAAGGAUAUUGACAGUGUCCAAAAUAUAAGCAACAUACAGAGAACGUGUGCGAAGAUUCUGGAAACGAGUACAAGGAAAGACAUGGAGAAGGAAAGCUCUAACAUGAUCAUCAAGGGGGGAGAGCUGAAUCUGCACAACCAUUUGAAUAGGCUGUGCAAAAAUGAAGAUGUAGGAAUGAAUGGAAAGAGCAAUUUUGACAUUACACAUAAUUAUUCCAAGACAAAUAGGAGCAAGACCAAUGAAGGGAAGAAGAAAAUUUUGAAUGCCAAUGUGGGGCUGAAGGGAAACUACUACGAUGUAAAUGAUAUGAAUAGAACCCAUUACACAUCUUACUACAAUGAGUUGAUCGCAGAAAAUAGUGGACGGAAUUUUAUGCACAGCAACUAUAUCAAUGAUUAUUUCACCACGGGUAAUGAUGCCAAUUUGCACAUAAAAUAUAGGCUUCACAAUUUCAACAAAAUGAAAAAAGAUUACCCCUACAAUGUAAAGUAUAGUUCUAUACAAGAAAUUAACGACACGGCCACGCAAGGGAAGGCAAAGUACAUUUUGGAUGAAAAAAAACAGAACAUAAACGACUCAAACAGGAGGAAGAAAUAUAUUAAUAGUAACAAAAUAUUUUGCAAGGAGGAUCAUAUGAAUGGAAAUAGCUAUUCAUUCGUAAGUAAUAUACACGAUCCAUGUGGCACCCUUAGUGGGGACAAAACGACGAGCAAUAUGUACACCCCCAAGCAGGACAAGAACGAUCCGAACAACGUUGAGGAUUACAACAAUUACAUACAACACAUGGACGAAUCGGGCAACUGCUCUAUGUAUUACAUGGGGUGCAAGGAGUUCAAAUUAUGUGUGGAUUCAUACGAAGCUCUUUUUCCUGCGAAGCAUUUUAUUUUCAAUUGCACGGUCCUCUUUGAAGAAUGUGAUGAUGACAAGAACAGUACAAAUGAGGUGAAAAACUCGAUGGGCAUUUUAUGGGGAGGGUAUCGUUGGUUAUGGACAAACAAUGGGAAAUUCAUAUGCCCAUUGAAUCUACCGCUCUGUGUGUCAGAAUUUCCAGCGGAAAAAAUUGAAGAGUGUGAAAUGGAAGUAGUAAAAUUUAAGUCGAACGAUAAUUUGUGUGUUGAAUUUGAUCCGCACCUUCAAAGUCUCUUAUUUUACAAAAAUGGAAAAUAUGAAUUUGGAUUUAAAUUUGACACUUUCUAUAAUUAUAGAAACUCUGCGGUGAAUUUGUCAUAUGAAAAAAUUAAGGAAGCAAAAAUGGAAGUUCCUCGAAGUGCGUCCAAAUGUUCCUACUCUAGCAACCUCAGCAACGGGAAUGUGAACGAUUUUGGUGCUACGAAAAAUGAGGAUGUGAAUAAGUAUCGAAAUGGUACUAAUGAGAAGGGCUACCUGUCGAUGGAUACGCAUAAGAUUCAGAAUGAGCAGGACAUGAAGGAUUAUGUUAACGAAAUGGACACGACACAUGGGUACAUGAAGAGUCACUACAACCCUUGCCACAGUACCAAGACGAGUAACCUGUGCGUACACUCCAUCUCCAACGAAAAUAAAUGUAGCAAAAGAACUUGUGGCACAAAUAAUAUGAAAAGUAAGGAGAAAAGAAUUAAUAAGGAAACUAGCAGUAAUAAUGGGAACCACCAAGAGGAUGUUACAGAAGAUGGAGAAAAUAAAACAGUGAUGCGGAUAAAGAACCAUGUCAAUAUGAUCAAAUUAUACAACUGUCUACUUCUAAAUGACUGUGAUAAUGUAGCUUCCAUUCUAAUGUAUAACCCAGAUUUGCUAGCCAAAUCAGAUGAAACAAAGCAAGAGGUGUCCUUUGAGCAUUACGAAAUAAAUCAGGAAGAUUUUCCAUGUGAACUUGUAUCGUCUAUGAAGAAUAUUAUAUAUGAGAAGGAUUUAACCCCGCUCAUGUUGGCUUGCAGAAUUGGAUGUGAAGAAUGUGUGCGGAAAAUAAUAGAAAUAGGAAAAGUGAACCCUAAUAAAGCCUGUCACAAAUUAGAAAAGGAAACCCCCUUAAUGGUUGCUGCACACUAUGGGUACAGUAGAAUCGUGAGUAUGUUAGUGUGUGUAUAUGGUGUGCAGAUAAAUAAAAAAGAUGCCAAGGGGAACACAGCAUUGCAUAGGGUGUUGCUCAACCCGUGCUCUGAUGAUGGGAAGAAAAACUGUACCCCGAAGAUGGUGCAGCUGCUACUAAAAUUAGGGGCCGACAUGAGUCUGAUGAACAAAAAAGGGUUAUCUGUGGAAGAUCUGGUGCAUAAAAAUUUAAUUAAAAAUAAAAAAGUUGAAUCUAUCUUAAAAAUGUGGAUGAAGUUAUCGAUGAAGUGUAAUGUAAAGGACAGGAAGAGUUAUAUCAACAAGGACCUCAUCCCCGGUUUGCUUUCCAACUGUUCCGUAGUUAUAGGCUUUCCCAUAUGUUUAAAGAAUUCAAGUAAUAGCUACUCGUCCGUGAAGAUAAACUCCUUCGUCAUUGGAGGAGAAGAGUUAGUUACCGAUAGGAGUUACAAGGAGGUUGGCAGAUGGAACGAUGAGGUGGAGUGUGGCCAUUAUCAGCAGAAUAAUAAUGAAUGGAAAGGAAGAAGGACAGACGAGGAAUACUAUAGCUGCGAUAAUUCGUCAAGAAAUAUGUCCAUAUCGAACCUUUGCACUGUUGAUGGGAAGACGCAUGCGAUGGAUGGAAGGCAGAGUCUGUCCAAAGGAACUCACUUUUUGAAGGACGAACACUUUGAGGAACCAAGGAACGGGUUGGAAAAAGAAAAGCAGAGGAGGAAAGAGACAAUCAGCUAUAAGGUUGACAUGAGUUCGAUAUAUGAGCGGAUCGACAGGAAGGGUAGCAGCGACAGCGGUGACACGAAUCAUUUGCCCCCUAUGGGCGAAGGCACUAUCUGUUCAAGGAAGGAGAACCUGAACGAUAUAGUCAUACGCGAAAAUGAUGCAGAAAAUUGUGAGGAUCAGGAAAACCGUGGUGAUAACGACGUUGGUGGUAACAAUCGUGGUGAGAGGGUCGCCGCGGUGAGAAGAAACAAAUUGACCCGCAAACCACUGAACAACAAACAAAGCGGGAAUGGUCAGUACGUAUCGGUCCAGGAAGGCAACAGCGAAGACGAACGGGAGAGUUAUAGUCAAGAUGAUCCAUACAAACUAUCAGGACAAGGCAAACUGUGCAAAGAGAAAAAUGACAUGCUGAACCAUUUGAUUGUCCAUUCUCGAGGUGAUGGUACAUAUGACGAUACAGAUGUGGAGUUCAUGUUAGACGAAGAAGAGAAGUUAAUGGGAAAUGGCAUGACACAAGAGGCGGGAAGAAGUAAGGAAGACCUUCGCAACGAGGAUACUAACUGCAAAGGAAAAAAUAUGAAAAAAAAAUAUUUUGUAUUUUCCAGCACGAGGAAAAAUAUGUUCAACUAUCAAGAUCUACAAGGAAGUCUAAUCGAAUUUAUUAACAAGUCAGGUGUUUUUUCGGACAUAUUUAAAAAUAAUGGAUACUUGGAUGCAAAGAGUAUUCCUAAAUUUGAUGAACUGAAAAAUACAUUAAUGCAGGUUAAGAGUGAGGAGGAUGUAUUUAGGAGUUUUCAGAAUUUUCUCGAAUUAUUUGACUACUUCUACCUGGACGAAAGGUUGAAAUAUUUUAUGAAUAUAGACUUGAAGAAAAAUUUUAAAAACUGUCGAAGUUUAUUAGACUUAGGAUACAUUCUGCUCAAGGUGGAUAGCUUCGCUAACAUCUUUAACAGUUUCAAGUUGAAGUGGAAUACGAGUACGCAUGAUGAAUGGAAAAAGAAGCUACUAAAAGGACUCGGUAUUUUCAACGAAUUUUAUGAUAUAAAAUGGGUAACAGAUUCAUAUACAAUUUACAGAUAUGAAGAAGAUAUGAUAGAAUCAGCUUAUCUGAUAGAUAAGGUUCUACAGAAUGGAAGCAACUUGCUCUUGUACACUAGCCUCAUGAAUAUGGUCGAUGAGAAGAGAUCCUUUUUGAAAAAUGGUAUGUACGAUGCGCAUUUAUUUAGCGAUAUUUUUAAAAAUAUCGAUAUAGAGAAUUUAAACAGAGAUGCUUUACUGUACGACUUUUGUUCAAACAAAAAUAUGUUGAAGGAGUACCUCUACCAUGAGAAUAACAAGAGAUUAAUGUGCAACAAUGACCCUGCUGACGUGAGAGACAGGUAUAAGAAUUAUAUAAGCGAGUGCUUUCUAAAUGGAGGCAACAUGAAAGGGUACGAGGACCACCACUACUCAGCGUACGAUACAUUGGAGGAGGCCAAUGUAGCGAAGGAAAGGAAGUCAAGAAAGUACCACACGUAUGAUAGGUCCUCCUACAGGGCCAACUCGAAGCAGUAUAUCCCUCUGUUCAAGAUUUCGAACGACAUUUAUAAUAGCGUGAACGAUUCGAGCAAGGGGCUUAAUCCUUCAGAGUUCACUCCAAAUGGGGCGACAAGCGGCGGAAUGAACGGUCAGACAAACGGUGCGGCAGGCACGGGUGCUAAUGCUAUUACCAUGUCUAGUACUGGAAGAGCCUCAAACAAUGAAAGCAAUGCACGGGAAGAAAUAACCCCAGAAGAUGCCCCGUACAGCAGCCCAUCCAACUUCUAUCAUAGUGGUAAUAACAACAGAAAUGAAUUUAUGCACAGCGGAGAUGACGUGAACGCGGAGCACAGCAUGACAAAACAGAGUUCGAUGAGCUCUAUCAAGGUAGACAUAGGAGAUGGAGAAGAUAAUCAUCAAGUGAGUAAUAGCAAUGCAACGUGUAAUAGAAAAAAGAGCCAAUUCCUGUAUGGAAAGCAGUUGAGAAAUGCCCUCUUCAUUUUGCAGGGGAAUUGCGAAGAGGAGAACAAUAAUGCCAACCCUUUGAAGGAGCAUUUUCCACAUGAAGUUUCCAAAAUGGGUAGUCAUAAGAAGGGGAGAAAUACGAAUGAUUUGAUCACUGAGGAGGAUCGAGAAAAUUCAAUACAUUGCCAUUUUAGUAGAAACAAAAAUGAAAUGGCAAGAAAUUAUAUCGAUGAAAAUAAUCACUUUAACAAAAUAAACAACAGAUAUGGUAAGAACAAAAAACGUUCUAUGUUGAACAGUGUCUCGAAGAAACAUAACUGGAACAUUUCCACUGCAUCUGGUCAUUACUAUAUGAAGAAUUCUUUGGAUGGAAGUAUCCACCCCGAUGGGUAUAACGAUGAAAAGGAAAUAGUGGAUGAUGAAUAUGAUAUGAUGUGUGAGUUGCAAUUUAUAUCCAAACCAUGUGAUCAUGACAUGAUAAGGGAAAAAUGCAACAGAAUUUGGCCGCAUACACUUGACACCUAUGUCUUACAUAUAUACGACCUGAUAAGUAGCUACAUGGAUUCUCCAGAAAAAAUAAGUUUAUUUGUAUACCACGCAUUUGAUAUGGAAAAAAUAAGGAAAAAAUUGCCAAGUAAAAAUUCACAAUUGUGGAAGAGAAUAAACAUGUCCUUGGAUGACUUCAUUGAGGAAAUAAAAAAGGUUCAUAAUUUUACCAUGAGAAUUGUAUACCAAAGUAAUUACAAAAUAUAUGGAAUGUUUCCUCCGAAUUUCAAAAAAUAUUUUGUGCUUUCGGAUGAAUGUGUAAGAUAUAUAGCCAAAAAUAAAAUGGUUAUGACUGUGGAUUUUUACAAAAGCAACAUAUACGAAAAGAAUAAGCACCUGUUUUUGAAAAUUAUUCAAGAUCGUAUCACUUUGUUGAAUAAGUUUAAUACGUACUUUGAGAGUUGUCUACCCAUUACAGCUGUAUUAUUUAACAAGCCGGUUAUUCAUCUGGAGGAGCAUGGAUUGCGCACCUUGGAAUGUCCUUUAUGUUUUUUCGCGGGCGAGGAUAAGUUUCUACCGUGGAGUUCCGUGAAGGUGAAAAAUGGAGGAACGGGAAGGGCAGACAGCUACUUAAUGUCGCAUGUGAGAACCAGCCCUGAUAGCAUCGAGACUAGGAACGAUUCUCAAGUGAUUGACCGUGCAGGAAGUGACAAUGUAGAAAGUGCCAACUCGUGUGUAAGAAUGUGUAAGAGAAAGGAUCUGUGUGAAGAUCCCACCAGACUGAACGAUCAGAGUGACACCAAAGAGGGCGUCACUAGCGCAGCGUCAAAAGUAGAACAAGGUGGAAAGAACAAAUGGAACAAUUUGGCCGUUGCCAAGUGCGAGAAAAAUGAUCAUAAUAACAGCUAUUCCAAUGAAAAAAAUAAUUCCAUCAUAGAGGAAGGGGAAUUGAUAUACAAAAAUGGCCCCUCGAAGAGAAAAGGAGAGUGCAGAAACAUUAGCGUGGAUAAUGAGUUUGUUAGGGCCAAUUCUGAAAAAUUUCAGAAGGGUAACGGAAAUGGAAACUUCUGUACUAGUGGAGAGAGCGAAAAGGAAGCUGAAGAGGAAUCAAUAGCAGACUGCAUAAGGCACUGUAAAAAUGGUUACACUUCCAAUAAAAUGGUUUUAGCGAUGGGUUCUUCGGAUUUGCCCGUACAGUUGUCCUCUUACCUGUUUGUUAAAAAGUUGCUUAAACAUGACACAUGCUUAAAAUUGUGGAAGGAGUGUUUGAAAAAUAUUACCUCCCCCAACUCGGAGAAAUCCAAUUUAACGCUCAGAAUAGACAGAGGCAUGGCUGCAACUGCGAAAAAUAUUGCACACACAAUGUGGUACCAAAGCACAUACUCUUUGCUAAACAUAGAUACCCAUAAAUUAAGAGGAAAGCCAAGGGAUAGACCAUUCAUGGUGGUAUUUAUUGGAGAAGGAGCAACGGAUUUUGGAGGUCCAUUUCAUGAAUUCCUUUCUUCCAUUUCGAGAGAAGUUAUGGGAAAAUUGUCAGACUCCCCUGAUAAAAGUUUACCCAUAUUUCCUCUGUGCAUUCCGUGCCCUAACUACACUCAAGCAAUGGGAGGGCGCCAAGACACCGUUAUCAUUAAUCCUAGAAUUAACUCCUACCAUGUUAAAGAAACUGAUUAUGUUGGAGAAAUAGAGCUGAUUGAUAAUUUGGAAAAUUUUAGGUGGCAGAUACUACACAUAUACAGUUCGAUAAAAAAUAUGAAGAAGAAAUUACACAAAUCGCACAGCAGUAUGUACCAGGGGGGUUAUAAAUCGAAAGAAAGAAAUGAUUCUUUGGAUGAGGAGGAAGGACAAAAUGAGGAAGAUCAGAACCUGUAUGAUGAAGACUCCUCGGGGGGUAAGACAGACUCUAGAAAAAGGUUCACCGAUAAGGAGGAAGGUAGUCAUGGUGGAGACACUGGCAGACAUAAGAAUAAUAGUUCCCAAAGUUUUAACAGAAAUGCAAAUGGGAUCCAGGAAGGGGGCACCUCUUCUGCUCCUCCACCACCACCAUCACCACACAGCGUGCGAAAUGAAGAGGGGAAUAGCAAUGUUGACAAUUACCAUUGUAAGUGUUCUACAGGGGAACAUGCGGAGAAUACUAGGCUCAGCAGUGGAGGUGGAAGUUCAGAGGGUAAAGAAAACAACAACAGUGAGGAGUUGCCCGGAGAUAGGCUUACUGUAGAUGGGGGAGAGAAGGUAACCAAUUGUGGUGUCAGGAACAAUGAUAAAAUGUACCUCUUUGGCACAAAAAAAUCCGUUACAUUCGAAAAAAUUGAACAAGACAAUAAGAUGGACUUACAUGUGGAAAAUAGAGGCGACCAAAGUGAGUCAUACGAAAAUUCUGGAUACGACAGCGACGUGCUUGAAAUUAUGAACAACAUAUCUCUGAAGACGAGACAUGAUUUCCUGAACAAAAUAUUAAACAAAAAAAAAAAGGAAAAUGACGAAAAAAUCAUAGCUAGCCAAAUGAACCAGAAAAAUAUGCACUCGGAUAGUUUUAAAAAGAAUUGCAAAGAUAGCAAAGGUAAUAAAAAAUGUAAUGAUUUGAGGAAAAAACAUAUGAACAUAGAGUAUGAUGAGAAAACUAUGAGCGCAAUGGAAUUAGCCAUGUAUGAAUCAUUAGGUCGAAUUAUGGGGAUGUGCAUAUGCAUAGCAUCGGCUUUAAAUAUAUGUUUCAAUCCAAUAAUUUGGAAGAAGAUAUGUGGAGCUCCACUAGAACUGCAGGACUUAUGUGAUUACGAUUUCGUCGCUGUGGAAAUGCUGAAAACGCUGAAAAUGGUAAACUGCGAAAGGUCCAAUGGAUGGAACAUAGAAUUGAAGCAAUCCCUAGGAGAUAUCACCUUCAUAACGGAAGACUCUGGAGGAAAUUCCAUCGAGUUGAUAAAAAAUGGAGCCAACAUACCAAUUAAUUUUGACAAUUUAGAAUUGUUUAUCCGGUUAAUGACUAGAUGUAAAAUGAAUGAAUCAUCCAAAGGGUUGAGAUAUUUACUUAAAGGAUUCAGUUCUGUGAUUCCUUUGGGUAGACUAAGGUUGUUAUAUGAAUAUACCACUGUGGAGCACAUGGUUUGUGGUGAAAGAGAAAUAAACCUGGACGUUUUAAAAGCGCAUACUUGGUCGAAUGAUUUGAAAAUAAAGGAUAAGCUUUUUGCAGUACUGGAAGAAUUUACAAAUGAGCAGUUGCAAUCAUUUCUAAGAUUUGUUUCAGGACGAUCAAGGCUGCCCACGACAAAGAAUGACUGGUAUAUGAUUAUAGAUGUUGACAACCCUAAUAACAGUAUGAGCCAAACGGACCAAAGAUUACCCACCGCCGUUACGUGCGGCUUUCGCUUAUUGUUGCCUCAGUAUUCUAGUUUGGAAAUUCUGAAGGAGAGGCUCCUCUACGCUAUUAAGAACUGCACGGCCAUUGACUUGGACGCGUACGUUGUGCAUGACCAGAUGCAGCUCAUGUACGGGGAGUGA